CCCAGGGAUCGCGAGACCCGGGCGCAAGCCUCGCGAGACUUGGCCGGGGCCCCCCCGCCCCUCUCCAGACGGGGUGAUGGGAGGGCUCUGGCCUGGGGUCUGGGCCCGCGCCGCGUGCGGUGGCUGGCGCCGGUGCCCCCCUGCAGCUGGGUCGGCCGGGCGGGUGGGACCUUUCCUUAGGCCCCGGUGGACGGAGGCCGGAGCUGAGGGGAAGGCUGCGAGGCGGCUCGGGACGUGGGGGCGCCCGGGCCCGGCCUGGGGUUCGGCCGCGGAGGCGCCGCGGCGGCCGAAGAGCACGAACCGCUUCGCCCGGGCGCAGGAGGACGAAUGGCGGCGGCGGAACCGGACGCUGCUCACCUACGUGGCCGCGGCCGCCGUGGGCAUGCUGGGGGCCUCGUACGCCGCCGUGCCCCUCUAUCGGCUCUACUGCCAGGAGCCUUUUCUUGGCUGCAGAUUUGGUGUAUAUUUUCCUAGUAUAGCAGCAGGUAAAUAUCUGGAAACCAAAAUUCUGGCAACCUCAAACAUCAGGAGAACAGCAGCCUUGGAAACUACAGGACUUGGUGGAUCAGCAGUAGCAGGGCAUGCAUCAGACCAGAUUGAAAACAUGGUGCCUGUUAAGGACCGGAUCAUUAAGGUGACCUUCAAUGCAGAUGUGCAUGCCAGUCUCCAGUGGAACUUCAGACCUCAGCAAACAGAAAUAUAUACAGGUAUUACUGGUAACCGAGGCUGGUCUCAAACUCAGGAUUAUCCUGCCUCAGCCUCCUGAGUGCUGAGAUUACAGAUGUUCACUAAUACAUACCCAAGUAUGUAUUUUGACUUCUAAG